UUCUUCCCCCGAGAGGCUGACCAGAAGCGUUGCUCGCCCCGUUGCAACCAGUUCAAGCUUCUCCAUGGAGCGCCGCUAGGCUUAGCGACGGGGACGUGUGACGCUCUCACCGCGAUGGCCACCCGCCAGCGUCACACUGCCACUGCCGGCCCCGGCAGACGUAACCAACAGUCACAGCGCCAGAGAGAGAAUCAACGCCCUCGACGCACACCACCGCACGGGAGCAAUGAAGAAUACGAGCGCCGCUUCGACCGAGACGGGGCCGACGACAGUUUUAACGGGAACGUAAUGCCGUGGCCAGGUAUGGUGCCACCACCGUUCCUCUAUCUGCCACCUCCUAUGGUUGGCUUCCCUGAGCUGAUGUCUCCAUUCAGCCCCUACGGCUCUGUCAUCGACGAAAACGGGGACAUCUUCGACGCCUACUACGCGGCCGAGUACGCGGAUGCGGGCGGUUUUGACUUGCAGGACGAACCUGUCCUUUACGAUUACGACGUUGACGCACAGCAGCAAAUGGACUACGCUCGGUUCCUGCAUGCUUCCAUGGUGCGGGGAUUCGACGUUCGUGAGAGAGCGGACGAAGAAGACAGCGGCACGGGCGAACCGCAUCCCGGCGCCGCCGACGGCGACGACUCGCCGCGCCACGUCAUGAGCAGAGGCGGCUGCGGCGACGCCCAGGAGGACCCGGAGCCCGUCUUCCAAGAACCCUGGGAAGAACUUCCGGACGACUACUAUGGUCCAGUGGUGACCAGCUACGGCACCGUGUCCGUGAUCCUGCAGGAUGCCAUACGCGUCGACAUCGCGACGGACGGCUCCGUGCGGGUCGUCAACUUCGCCAUGCAUUGCACGGCGGCCAUCAACUCCUCCGGCGAAACCAGCUGCGUAUGCCACCCUUGCGGCCGUGUGCUUCAAGAGGGCGAAAACGUGGACAUGGUCUCGGGCAUCAGGUUGGCCAAGGUCUCCGGCCGAGGAGUGACUUUCACGGCGCUCAACCAUGGACUCGUCUAUCUGGUCGAUGCUUCGGGAACCAAGUCGACCACCGAGAGAUUCCGGAACCUAUUCUACGACCUCCCGCUAAGCGUGUUCCACUCCAACCCGGAACAGGGGACGGAGCGCUUCCGCGAAUGUUUUCGCCUGGUAAGGGAGGCGAGGCAGAGGAGCACCCGAAACGGCGAUGAAAUCUGGCUGGUCGGUGGCGUCCGCAUCAAGCAGACACCAUGGGGAGACGUCCAGGUGUCACGUGACUCGGGCAGGCGGGUCGUCUGGACCUCGCCCACUGCCGGAACCAUCUCGGUAUCCACACCGCUUGUGAAAAUCGCCUUGAGUGUCGACCCCGCUAGAUUCUUCUUCGUGAAGAUGGGACAAAAGAAAAUCAGCGCCAGCGCAGAGGCGUUCACGGUGAGAAAUGGCAGCCAGAGCGCCGGCUUCGACAAUCAGGGCCGCGUCACUCUACCCUGACAGCACUUUAUCGGACCCUAAGCUCUGAAAACGACCGAAUACGUCUCCUGGACAGGCUUCAUGAAAUUGACUCCUUUUCCUUUUAUUUUGUUUUGCUCAAUGUGGACAGACAGCUCAAAGUGGACAGACUGUAAUGAAGCUCGUAUCAUGUUCACGUACAGUCAUACUGUAGUUCUGACAACUGUAUGGGCCCUGAGAAUGGAAGACAAAGUCGAGUAUGAUUUUGAAGUGAGGUCGUCGCCCAUAUCACCCGAGACAUCAAGAUCAUCGCACAACAGGUCAUCGAUGUGCUUAACGACAGUGAUUGCUUAAUUGGCGAUGACAUCGACGCUAUUUGACGGCUAGCAAUCAAGAAAAUUUUGAGAAGGUUGGUAAGGACAUGCAGGAUUCCACUGGAAGCCAAAGCAGAGCCGGAGUCGUGACGCUGCGCGGCGGAAUUCCUGGCACAUCGCGGCUUGUAUGGCGGGGUUGCCCGAGUUGUCUUGGUAGCCCGAGUAAGGUGGACAGCUCCAUUAAAUUGCACACUUGCUUUGAAUCAUGCACCCUCAGUCGGUCACCGCUCACGGAGCAAAUGAUACCAAUAAAGGGUGCCACGUUCUCUCCUCUUGAGAUACAAAGCACAGAACAGUGUUACUUUUGUUGCAGCUGUC